AUGUCUGCACUUAACAGUUUUGUGCCCAAUACUGACGUGAUCCGUAAUGAACGUGUAAGAAAACUUGGCUUAGAGCUUGUGCCACGUCGAGGUGCGGAGGCGGUUGACCCGGAGGACAUAAGCCUUGUGGAACUGUACAGGGUACACGUUGAGAGUGCAGAAAGAGCCGCAGCAUGGCGUGGCACACUACGACGUGCUGGCGGCUCCGGCAGCAGUUUCAACUCGGGAACCCUCACAAACAGCACCAACACCGCCACCACCACCACCACCGUUCAAUCGCACCACUUGAUGUGCAAUAUGCGGGACUUUGGUCAUACGGCAGGCGGCGAUGAAGCGGAGCUUUUGCUAUGGCUGCAUGACGCGAGGCGGUCGCAGCCCUUGUCUGAACGGUUUAGAGUGAGGAUUGCGAGAGAUGGCUUCUCAAAUUACGUGGACCGCCUGCAUGCCAACAGCACUCUCUUUGCUGACCUGUCGAGCACGGAUCUGUCGCGCGAGCUGUGGCUGGUGGCGUGGGUGGUGCGCGUGGCGCGCUGGAGCGGCGCGGGCGCCGCGGGCGGCACGGGCGAGCGCCGCGGCCCGCUGGCGCGCCGCCCGCUCGGCGCCGGCGUGCUGCCGCUCGCCGACUUCCUGCGCCAGCCUGCCAACCACCCCGCCGAGAGGGAGUACACCUUCAAGGUUUACCAGUGUGAAGAAAAAGAUUUUCAUCAAUUACAUGACAUGCUAAUACGGAAGCAAACAAACAAGUGCAAUAUUCUUCCAGGACAGCCCAAUUACGGUAUUGUGGUGGCGCUACGUUUACUUACCAAUUCUGCUAGCAUCACCGAGGCAGUGGCUUCCGGAGCAACUGUGACGCCGAAACGCGGUUUUCCCGACGUCAUAAUGCCGGGCGAUGUGCGCAAUGACUUGUACUUGACGCUUGAGAAGGCAGAGUUCGAGAGAGGAGGCAAGAGCACCGCAAAGAAUGUGCUCGCUACGGUCAAUGUGCACGAUAACACCGGCCAAAUUAUUAAUGGUUGCGUGUGGGGCGCAAGCGGCGCGGGCGCGGACUGCUACGAGUCGCUGGUGUUGUACCACAACAACAGCCCCGCCUGGGCCGACCAGCUGCGCCUCGCCGUGCCGCUCGACACCUUCACGCACGCGCACGUGCGCAUCGAGUUCCGACACUGCUCCACUCGAGACAAAAACGAAAGAAAACUAUUUGGCUUCGCAUUCGCUAGGCUUAUGGAACCGAGUGGAGCAACCCUCAGAGAUGGCGCGCACGAGUUGUACGUUUACAAGUGCGACGACCCAUCCAAGCUCCAGAAUGCCGGCUACCUGUCGCUGCCGUCGUGUGCGAACGACGCCGCUCGCCCCGCGCCGACCAACGGCGUCAUCCCCACUUUUCAGAGGAGCUCCAAAGAAAACUGUACCAUUAGCACGCUCUUGUGCUCCACCAAACUUACACAGAACGAGGACCUGUUAGCACUACUCCAGUGGCGAGCUAGACCUGAGAAAGUUCAAGAAACCCUUCUGCGGGUACUGCGGUUAGGGGAUGGACUUAGUUGCGAGGAGUUGAUUAAGUUCCUGCGGGAUGUUCUCGAUGCAUUAUUUGCUUUGUUCUCUACGGAAGAUGGUAACAGCACUCCGCAUUCGGGGACCGUGUUUCUGGUCUUAGUGUCAAUUUGCAGUCUGCUCGACGAAAGUCGUUUUCAACAUUUCCGACCAGUCUUGGACGUGUACAUUGAGGAGCAUUUUUCUGCCGCAUUAGUAUACAAGGGGCUGCUGUCGUCGGUGCAGCACUGCGCGGAGUGGGCGGCAGGCGCGGAGGGGCAGGAGCCGAUCCGCAAGUGCCUGCGCUCGCUGGGCGCUGUGUUCCGCCUGGCCGUGCGCUCGCGCUGUCUAUUCGCACGCGCCACCGGCGGACAGUACGAGGACAGCUUCCGCCGAGACGUGCGCGCCGCGCUGCACGCGCUGAAAGCGCUGGCGCACCACCCGCACAGGGAGCACCUCGCGCCCGCGCAGGUGGCGCUGAUGACCUCGUGGCCCAGCGUGGCUCGCGAGGUGUGCCGCGCGCUGGGUGCGGCGGAAGCGGCGCGUGCGACUGCGGCGCUGCUUGACGCGCCCGCCACCGCCGCGCCGCCACCGCUCGCGCGCGCUCGCCUUGCCGCCGCGCAGGAAGUGCUCAAGGGCCCGCUGGGACAGGCCCCCGAAGCGCGCAACAUCGUACUGACGAGUGCGUGCCACCACUUGCGUGUGCACUUAGCGCGGCGCGACGAACUAGCUCAGUGUGCAGACAUGUUGGCGGAACUAGUCGCGUUACUGUGGAAGAAGGAAGAUCCCGACCGACCGGUGCCACAAGAAGACUUUGAUCCAGAUGUUGACGUGCUCUGCCUUAACACGCUCGACGUUCUCGUCGAGACCGUGCUGCAUCUCAUCGGCGGGAAUUCGCCCGUGUUGGGUUCAAUGGUGGCCGGUUUAUUGGGUACCAUGGAGCUAUUAAAACCGGCACAUUACCAAAGGCUAUGGAGCCAUCUCGCACCACAUCCUCAUGAUCGAAAACCCUUAAAGGAUUUCCUGAUGCGUGCUUUUCUCGUCUUCAGACAUCUAAUUGAACAAGAUGUUUUUCCAUCAGAUUGGAUGGUUCUACGUGUACAAAGCUGCAAAGUUUUGCUAUCAGCAUUGCAAGAUUUAGCCAAGCCGUUGCUUGAGAGGUUCAUGGGAGAUGAACCACCACAAUUUGACACGCAGUUAUGGUCGGGGUACCUUGAGCUGGGCGUGGCGCUGGUGACGUGCCGCGCGUUGCAGUGGGAACGAUGCGCGGGCCGCGGGCCCGACCGUGCGCGCAUGCGCCAGGCCGCCGGCCUGCAAGUGCUUGCCGUCUGGAGCCGCCUCGGCGCGGCGCAGCUGCACCUGAUCGGCGUAGCGGUGGGCGCGCUGCUGGAGGUGACGCUGGUGGGCGCGCUCCGGCGAGCGGCGCGGGGCGCGCUGGUGGCUCUCAUGGCGGCCGAGCGCGCCGCCACCGGGUCCGCGCGCCGCACCGAGGCUGCGCUCGUUGACAAGCUCGACUCGCUCGUCGCCGACAACAAGGCCGACGACCACUACCGCCGCCUCUUCGACACUGUGCUAAUGGAGCGAGUUUCGACGGAAGGCUGGCGGGAGGCUGGUGCCGCUUUUGUGGGCUGCGUCACGCGCUUGCUAGAGAGGCUUUUGGACUACCGUGCUGUGAUGCAAGGAGCCGAGCACAGAGAUAAAAGAAUGGCCGCUACUGUUAACUUGCUUAAUUUCUACAAAAAUGAGAUCGAUCGUAAGGAGAUGUACCUGCGCUACGUGUACAAGCUACAUGACCUGCACAUUGCAUCCGAUAAUUUUGUAGAGGCGGGUUGCACGCUUUUGCUAUAUGCGGAAACUUUAAGUUGGGACAGUGAUCAAAUAGGCGUGGAUCCAGAACAUCCUGAUGUCCCCGAAUGGAAGCGUAAAGAAUCUCUGUAUAAUCAAGUGCUCGAAUAUUUCGACCGCGGAAAGUGCUGGGAGAAAGGGUUCCCGCUGCUGCGUGAGCUGGGCGCGCUGUACGAGGCGCGCUGCGAGCACGCGCGGCUGGCGCACGUGCUGCGACGUCACGCUGCCUUCCUGGACGCAGCGCUGGCGCAGCUGCGCCCCGAGCCCGAGUACUUCCGCGUCGGCUUCUAUGGACAGGGCUGCCCGCUCUUCGUCAGGAAUAAGCAGUUUGUGUAUAGAGGGCAAGACUAUGAGCGUAUCGGUGCAUUUACUCAGCGGCUGCAAUCAGAGUACGUUGCCGCGCAUAUCCUCAUGAGGAACACUCCUCCCGAUGAUUCCAUUAUUGCUGCCGAUGGACAGUACAUCCAGAUCUGCAACGUGAAGCCGGUGGGCGCGCGGCGCGCGUGGCCGAGCGGCGCGGCGGAGGCGGUGCGGCGCUACUACGCCUGCAACGACGUCGACACCUUCCUCUGCGACCGCCCGCUGCAUAAGCCGCCCAUCGACAAGGACAACGAGUUCAAGAGCCUGUGGAUUGAGCGUACAACGUUGGUAACAGAAAACACGCUGCCUGGAAUUUUGCGGUGGUCGGAAGUGAUAUCGAGAUCUGUAGAAGAAAUCCCACCGGUUGAAUUCGCAUGCGAAACGAUGGAGGCGACGGAGCGCGAGCUGCGCAGCCUGAUCUCGCAGUACACGGCGGACCCGACGCAGAACAUCAACCCGUUCUCCAUGCGGCUGCAGGGCACGAUCGACGCGAACGUGCAGGGCGGCAUCACCAAGUACGAGCAGGCGUUCCUGAGCGCGGAGUUCGCGCGUGGAGCGGCGCCGCGCGAGCUAGCGGCCGCCGCCAAGCUGCGCCGCCUGGUCGCCUCGCAGCUCGCCGUCGUCGACGCCGGCCUGGCGCUGCACGGCCGUCUGGCCCCCGAGGAGGUCAAGCCGCUGCAUAGGCGUCUGGUAGAGAGGUUUAAUCAAUUGAGACAAAACCUCGGCCCAGGUUUAGCCCGAGCUAGACGGCAGCUAUCUGAAAGUAUUGUCAAUACUCCACUACCGCCGGUGCCAGCAUUGGAUAAACGAUCUCAAAGCAUACAGCAAAGCGAAAAUUAUUAUGAAGAUGGACAUCUCUAUAAUAAACCAAUAUAUACACUUGAAGACUCAGAGCAGCAGAGCAGCAUAAUGUCGAGCAGUCUACCAGCAAACGACAACAGAGAGUGCACGGAUAACAGCAGUAUGGCGAAAUCGGCGCCGCCAUUGCCUAGCCGACCCAAGUCCGGUGACCCGAGGAGUCCCACCAGGCUAGAGGACUAUCGUGAUUCAAUGGAGGAAGAGGUUGAAACUCGUCGCCACAGUCGCGCAUCUUGGAGCGAGCCUGGCGAUGCGCCGCCACUUCCGCCCAGAGUUUCAGGCGACAAGCGGUCAUGGGGCGAAGCGCCAGCGGUGCCACGGCGCGCGGCACGCAGCGAGGCGGGCGACGAGCGCGACUCCGGCGUCAGCGUGGACGCGCACGCCUACACCAACGCCGACGAGCACCGCGCGCACCACAGCGCGAGGCGGGCGACGAGCGUGACUCCGGCGUCAGCGUGGACGCGCACGCCUACAGCAACGCGGACGAGCACCGGCGCACCACAGCGCGAGGCGGGCGACGAGCGUGACUCCGGCGUCAGCGUGGACGCGCACGCCUACACGAACGCGGACGAGCACCGCGCGCACCACAGCGGUACGUGCACUGCAGCCCGCCUCACUUGCGUACCUCCAUAUCUGAGCGGGAUCUCUUACCGCUCUCGCAGCGAGGCGGGCGACGAACGCGACUCCGGCGUCAGCGUGGACGCGCACGCCUACACCAACGCGGACGAGCACCGCGCGCACCACAGCGGUACGUGCACUGUAGCCCGCACACUUGCCGAGGCGGGUGACGAGCGCGACUCCGGCGUCAGCGUGGACGCGCACGCCUACACCAACGCGGACGAGCACCGCGCGCACCACAGCGGUACGUGCACUGCAGCCCGCCUCACUUGCGUACCUCCAUAUCUGAGCGGGAUCUCUUACCGCUUUCGCAGCGAGGCGGGCGACGAGCGUGACUCCGGCGUCAGCGUGGACGCGCACGCCUACACGAACGCGGACGAGCACCGCGCGCACCACAGCGGUACGUGCACUGCAGCCCGCCUCACUUGCGUACCUCCAUAUCUGAGCGGGAUCUCUUACCGCUCUCGCAGCGAGGCGGGCGACGAACGCGACUCCGGCGUCAGCGUGGACGCGCACGCCUACACCAACGCGGACGAGCACCGCGCGCACCACAGCGGUACGUGCACUGUAGCCCGCACACUUGCCGAGGCGGGUGACGAGCGCGACUCCGGCGUCAGCGUGGACGCGCACGCCUACACCAACGCGGACGAGCACCGCGCGCACCACAGCGGUACGUGCACUGCAGCCCGCCUCACUUGCGUACCUCCAUAUCUGAGCGGGAUCUCUUACCGCUCUCGCAGCGAGGCGGGCGACGAACGCGACUCCGGCGUCAGCGUGGAUGCGCACGCCUACACCAACGCGGACGAGCACCGCGCGCACCACAGCGAUCUCGACUUGACCGUGGAAUCGCUACGAUAUGAGGAAAUAAUCUCCAUGAUGUCUGAACCUCUGCGCGUCGAUGAGGAGGAGCUGCCGCCACCUAUCCCGCCCAAAGGUCUCGGACACCUCAGCAGCUUCGACUCUGGACACCACGAGAACGGAGAGUCCCAAUGCUAA